CGGCCCCAAGUAUGAGGUGCAGGCUUCAGCUGGGCAGCGGGCACUGCUCGUGCGGGACGUGAAGUGAGAAGACGCGGGCCUGUAUGAGUGCGUCAGCCGCGGGGGCCGCAUCGCCUACCAGCUGCUGGUGCAAGAGUCCUCUGCAGUGUUUAUCAAGGGGCAGCCAAUGCAUAAGGAGGUAAAGGCCGUGGCGGGGGCGAGUGCCACACUGAGCUGCGAGGUGGCCCAGGCCCAGACGGAGGUGACGUGGUACAAGGAUGGGAAGAAGCUGAGUUCAAGCUCGAAAGUGCAUGUGGAGGCCAAGGGCUGCACCCGGCAGCUGGUGGUGCAGCAGGCGGGCAAGACGGACGCUGGGGAGUACAGCUGCGAGGCCGGGGGCCAGAAGGUCUCCUUCCAUCUGGAUGUCACAGAGCCCUUGGUGGUGUUUGCCAAGGAGCAGCCAGCACGCAGUGAAGUGCAGGCCGUGGCGGGAACCAGUGCCACGCUGAGCUGCGAGGUGGCCCAGGCCCAGACGGAGGUGACGUGGUACAAGGACGGCAAGAAGCUGAGUUCCAGCUCGAAAGUGCGCGUGGAAGCCAAGGGCUGCACCAGGCGGCUGGUGGUGCAGCAGGCGGGCAAGGCGGACGCCGGGGAGUACAGCUGCGAGGCCGGGGGCCAGAAGGUCUCCUUCCACCUGGACGUCACAGAGCCCUCGGUGGUGUUUGCCAAGGAGCAGCCAGCACGCAGUGAAGUGCAGGCCGUGGCGGGGGCGAGUGCCACGCUGAGCUGCGAGGUGGCCCAGGCCCAGACGGAGGUGACGUGGUACAAGGAUGGCAAGAAGCUGAGUUCCAGCUCGAAAGUGCGUGUGGAGGCCACGGGCCGCGGGCGGCGGCUGGUGGUGCAGCAGGUGGGCAAGGCGGACGCCGGGGAGUACAGCUGCGAGGCCGGGGGCCAGAAGGUCUCCUUCCGCCUGGACGUCACAGAGCCCUCGGUGGUGUUUGCCAAGGAGCAGCCAGCACGCAGUGAAGUGCAGGCCAUGGUGGGAACCAGUGCCACGCUGAGCUGCGAGGUGGCCCAGGCCCAGACGGAGGUGACGUGGUACAAGGAUGGGAAGAAGCUGAGUUUGAGCUCGAAAGUGCGUGUGGAAGCCAAGGGCUGCACCCGGCAGCUGGUGGUGCAGCAGGCGGGCAAGGCAGACGCCGGAGAGUACAGCUGCGAGGCCGGGGGCCAGAAGGUCUCCUUCCGCCUGGACGUCACAGAGCCCUCGGUGGUGUUUGCCAAGGAGCAGCCGGCACGCAGUGAAGUGCAGGCCAUGGCAGGGGCGAGUGCCACGCUGAGCUGCGAGGUGGCCCAGGCCCAGACGGAGGUGACGUGGUACAAGGACGGCAAGAAGCUGAGUUCGAGUUCGAAAGUGCGUGUGGAGGCCACGGGCCGCGGGCGGCGGCUGGUGGUGCAGCAGGUGGGCAAGGCGGACGCCGGGGAGUACAGCUGCGAGGCCGGGGGCCAGAAGGUCUCCUUCCACCUGGACGUCACAGAGCCCUCGGUGGUGUUUGCCAAGGAGCAGCCGGCAUGCAGUGAAGUGCAGGCCAUGGCGGGAACCAGUGCCACGCUGAGCUGCGAGGUGGCCCAGGCCCAGACGGAGGUGACGUGGUACAAAGACGGAAAGAAGCUGAGUUCGAGCUCAAAAAUGCGUUUGGAAGCCAAGGGCUGCACCCGGCAGCUGGUGGUGCAUCAGGCGGGCAAGGCGGACACCGGGGAGUACAGCUGCGAGGCCGGGGGCCAGAAGGUCUCCUUCCACCUGGACGUCACAGAACCCUCGGUGGUGUUCGCCAAGGAGCAGCCGGCACGCAGUGAAGUGCAGGCCGUGGCGGGGGCGAGUGCCACGCUGAGCUGCGAGGUGGCCCAGGCCCAGACAGAGGUGACGUGGUACAAGGACGGCAAGAAGCUGAGUUCGAGCUCAAAAGUGCGUGUGGAGGCCACGGGCCGCGGGCGGCGGCUGGUGGUGCAGCAGGCGGGCAAGGCGGACGCCGGGGAGUACAGCUGCGAGGCCGGGGGCCAGAAGGUCUCCUUCCGCCUGGACGUCACAGAGCCCUCGGUGGUGUUCGCCAAGGAGCAGCCGGCACGCAGUGAAGUGCAGGCCGUGGCGGGGGCGAGUGCCACGCUGAGCUGCGAGGUGGCCCAGGCCCAGACGGAGGUGAUGUGGUACAAGGACGGCAAGAAGCUGAGUUCCAGCUCGAAAGUGCGUGUGGAGGCCACGGGCCGCGGACGGCGGCUGGUGGUGCAGCAGGCGGGCAAGGCGGACGCCGGGGAGUACAGCUGCGAGGCCGGGGGCCAGAAGGUCUCCUUCCACCUGGACGUCACAGAGCCCUCGGUGGUGUUCGCCAAGGAGCAGCCGGCAUGCAGUGAAGUGCAGGCUGUGGCAGGGGCAAGUGCCACGCUGAGCUGCGAGGUGGCCCAGGCCCAGACAGAGGUGACGUGGUACAAGGACGGCAAGAAGCUGAGUUCGAGCUCAAAAGUGCGUGUGGAGGCCACGGGCCGCAAGCGGCAGCUGGUGGUGCAGCAGGCAGGCAAGGCGGACGCCGGGGAGUACAGCUGCGAGGCUGGGGGCCAGAAGGUCUCCUUCCACCUGGACGUCACAGAGCCCUCGGUGGUGUUCGCCAAGGAGCAGCCGGCAUGCAGUGAAGUGCAGGCCAUGGCGGGGGCGAGUGCCACGCUGAGCUGCGAGGUGGCCCAGGCCCAGACGGAGGUGACGUGGUACAAGGACGGCAAGAAGCUGAGUUCCAGCUCGAAAGUGCGUGUGGAGGCCACGGGUCGCGGGCGGCGGCUGGUGGUGCAGCAGGCGGGCAAGGCGGACGCCGGGGAGUACAGCUGCGAGGCCGGGGGCCAGAAGGUCUCCUUCCACCUGGACGUCACAGAGCCCUCGGUGGUGUUCGCCAAGGAGCAGCCGGCACGCAGUGAAGUGCAGGCCAUGGCGGGAGCGAGUGCCACGCUGAGCUGCGAGGUGGCCCAGGCCCAGACGGAGGUGACGUGGUACAAGGACGGCAAGAAGCUGAGUUCCAGCUCGAAAGUGCGUGUGGAGGCCAAGGGCUGCACCCGGAAGCUGGUGGUGCAGCAGGCGGGCAAGGCGGACGCUGGGGAGUACAGCUGCGAGGCCGGGGGCCAGAAGGUCUCCUUCCGCCUGGACGUCACAGAGCCCUCGGUGGUGUUCCCCAAGGAGCAGCCGGCACGCAGUGAAGUGCAGGCCGUGGCGGGGGCGAGUGCCACGCUGAGCUGCGAGGUGGCCCAGGCCCAGACGGAGGUGACGUGGUACAAGGACGGCAAGAAGCUGAGUUCCAGCUCGAAAGUGCGUGUGGAGGCCACGGGCCGCAGACGGCAGCUGGUGGUGCAGCAGGCGGGCAAGGCGGACGCCGGGGAGUACAGCUGCGAGGCCGGGGGCCAGAAGGUCUCCUUCCGCCUGGACGUCACAGAGCCCUCGGUGGUGUUCGCCAAGGAGCAGCCGGCACGCAGUGAAGUGCAGGCAAUGGCGGGGGCGAGUGCCACGCUGAGCUGCGAGGUGGCCCAGGCCCAGACGGAGGUGACGUGGUACAAGGACGGGAAGAAGCUGAGUUCGAGCUCGAAAGUGCGUGUGGAAGCCAAGGGCUGCACCAGGAGGCUGGUGGUGCAGCAGGCAGGCAAGGCGGACGCCGGGGAGUACAGCUGCGAGGCCGGGGGCCAGAAGGUCUCUUUCCACCUGGAUGUCACAGAGCCCUCGGUGGUGUUCGCCAAGGAGCAGCCGGCACGCAGUGAAGUGCAGGCCGUGGCGGGGGCGAGUGCCACGCUGAGCUGCGAGGUGGCCCAGGCCCAGACGGAGGUGACGUGGUACAAGGACGGCAAGAAGCUGAGUUCCAGCUCGAAAGUGCGUGUGGAAGCCAAGGGCUGCACCCGGAAGCUGGUGGUGCAGCAGGCGGGCAAGGCGGACGCCGGGGAGUACAGCUGCGAGGCCGGGGGCCAGAAGGUCUCCUUCCACCUGGACGUCGCAGAGCCUGUGGUGGUGUUUGCCAAGGAGCAGCCGGCACGCAGUGAAGUGCAGGCCAAGGCAGGAGCCCGCACCACACUGAGCUGCGAGGUGGCCCAGGCCCAGACGGAGGUGACGUGGUACAAGGAUGGGAAGAAGCUGAGUUCGAGCUCGAAAGUGCAUGUGGAGGCCAAGGGCUGUACCCGGCAGCUGGUGGUGCAGCAGGCGGGCAAGGCAGACGCCGGGGAGUACAGCUGCGAGGCUGGGGGCCAGAAGGUCUCCUUCCACCUGGAUGUCACAGAGCCGGAGUUUGAGCCUCCGGCCCCAGAGAAACCCAGACGCAGGGAACCGCUGGUGGUCAGGGAACACGAGGACAUCGUCCUGACAGCCACUCUGGCCACGCCGUCUGUGGCCACGGUGACGUGGUUCAAAGAUGGUGUGGAGAUUCGCCGCAGCAAGCGGCAUGAGAUGACCAGCCUAGGGGACACCCACACCCUGACCAUGCAUGGGGCACAGACCCUGGACAGCGCUGUCUACAGCUGCCGCGUGGGCGCAGAGGGGCAGGACUUCCCGGUGCAGGUGGAAGAGGUGGCUGCCAAGUUUUGCCGCCCCCUGGAGCCCGUGAGCGGGGAUCUGGGCGGCACGGCGACGCUGGUCUGUGAGCUGAGCCCUGCGCAGGCUGAGGUGGUGUGGCGCCGCGGAAGCACGCAACUCCGGUCCGGCAAACGCUUCCAGAUGGCGGCUGCGGGGCCUCGGCGCUCGCUCACGGUGUCGGGCCUGCGGGCAGAGGAUGCAGGGGAGUACGUGUGUGAGAGCCGCGACGACCACACCAGCGCCAUGCUCACUGUUAUCGUACCCCGCGUGGUCAAGUUCACGUCUGGGCUGAGUGCGGUGGUUGCGGAGGAGGGGAGCGAGGCCACUUUCCAGUGCGUGGUGACCCCCAGCGACGUGGCGGUCACAUGGUUCCGAGAUGGUGUCCAACUACAGUCCAGCGAGAAGUUUCUCAUGUCGCAGAAGGGUGCCAGCCACAGCCUGACCAUCUUAAGCCUGGCCCUGGAGGAUGCCGGCCAGGUCACUGCGGAGGCUGAGGGCAUCCAGUCCACGGCUGCCCUCCGGGUCCGAGAGGCUCCAGUGUUGUUCAGAAAGAAGCUGGAGCCACAGACCGUGGAGGAGCGGAGCUCAGUGACCAUGGAGGUGGAGCUGACUCGGCCGUGGCCGGAGGUCAAGUGGACACGCAAUGCUGUAGCACUUGCGUCGGGCGAGAAAGUGGAGAUCCACGCCGAGGGCGCACGUCACCGCCUGGUUCUCCACGGUGUGGGUUUCGCUGACCGUGGCUUCUACGGCUGCGAGACACCAGACGACAAGACGCAGGCCAAGCUGACUGUGGAAAUGCGCCAGGUCCGGCUCGUGCGGGGCCUGCAGGCCGUGGAGGCGCAGGAGCAGGGCACGGCCACUAUGGAAGUAGAGCUGUCCCACGCUGACGUGGAGGGCAACUGGACUCGAGACGGUCUUCGGCUCCAUCCAGGACCCAACUGCCAGCUGGCGGUGCACGGCGCCACACACACCCUCACGCUGUCACGGCUGCAGCGGCAGGACGGCGGCUUGGUGGCCUUCAGGGCGGAGGGCGUGCACACCUCUGCUCAUCUGGUGGUCACUGAGCUGCCUGUGAAGUUCGUCCGCCCUCUGCAGGACGUGGUGGCCACAGAGAAGGAAAAGGUGGCCCUGGACUGUGAGCUCUCACGCCCCAAUGUGGAUGUGCGCUGGUUGAAGGACAAUGUGGAGCUGCGGGUAAGCAAGACCAUGGGCAUGAUGGCCCAGGGGGCCUGCAGGAGUCUCGUCAUUUACCGAUGUGAGCUUGGAGACCAGGGCGUGUACAUGUGCGAUGCCCACGAUGCUCAGAGCUCGGCCUCCCUGAAGGUGCAAGGCCGGAAUGUGCAGAUCGUGAGGCCUCUGGACGAUGUGGAAGUGGUGGAGAAAGAGGGCGCCACCUUCUCCUGCGAGGUCUCCCACGAUGAGGUGCCUGCACAGUGGUUCUGGGAGGGCAGUAAGCUCCGGCCCAGUGACAACGUGAGGAUCCGCCAGGAAGGAAGGACAUACACUCUCAUCUAUCGGAGGGUCCUGGUGGAAGAUGCAGGGGAAAUCAAGUUUGUAGCGGAAAAUGCAGAAUCGCGAGCCCAGCUCCGAGUAAAAGAGCUGCCCGUGUCCAUCCUCCGCCCGCUGCGGGAUAAGAUCGCCAUGGAGAAGCACCGCGGCGUGCUCGAGUGCCAGAUGUCCAGGGCCAGUGCCCAGGUGCGGUGGUUCAAGGGUAGCGUGGAGCUCCAUCCCGGAGCCAAGUACGAGAUGGUCAGUGACGGCCUCUACCGCAAGCUGGUCAUCAACGCCGUCCAGCCCGAGGACGAGGACACCUACACGUGUGAUGCCGGCGACGUGAAGACCAGUGCACAGUUCUUCGUAGAAGAGCAGUCCAUCGUGGUCGUGCGGGGCCUGCAGGAUGUGACGGUGAUGGAGCCGGCGCCUGCCUGGUUCGAGUGUGAGACCUCCAUCCCCUCGGUGCGACCCGCCAAGUGGCUCCUGGGAAAGACGGUGCUGCAGGCGGGGCCUGACGUGGGGAUAGAGCAGGAGGGCACGGUGCAUCGGCUGACGCUGCGGCGCACCUACUCCACCAUGACGGGGCCAGUGCACUUCACCAUCGGCAAGUCGCGCUCCACCGCCUCCCUGGUGGUCUCUGACAUUCCCGUGGUGCUCACACGGCCCCUGGAGCCCAAGGUGGGGCGGGAGAUGCAGUCCGUCGUCCUGUCCUGUGACUUCAAGCCUCCCCCCAAGGCUGUGCAAUGGUACAAGGAGGAAAUGCCCCUGGCGCCAUCCAGCAAGUUCAAGAUGAGGCUGGAGGGCCACAUGGCAGAGCUGCGUGUCCUGCGGCUCACCCCUGACGAUGCUGGUGUUUACCGGUGCCAGGCUGGCAGCGCCCAGAGCAGCGCGGAGGUCACUGUGGAAGAACGGAAGGUGACGGUGACGCAGCCGCUGGAGGACGUGGAGGUCCCGGAGGAGGGCCGUGCCUGCUUCUCCUGCGAGCUGUCCCACGAGGACGAAGAAGUGGACUGGUUGCUCAACGGGACACCGCUCUUUAACGACAGCUUCCAUGAGAUCACCCAUGAGGGCCGCCGCCACACACUGGUGCUGAAGCGGGUCCGGCAGGCCGACAGGGGCACCGUGAGCAUCUCCUCCCCCAAGGUUGCGGCCUCCGCCCACCUGGCGGUCAGAGGGAAGCCGGUGGUGUUCCUGAAGGCGUUGGAUGAUGUGUCUGCAGAGGAGCGGGGCAGACUGACCUUGCAGUGCGAGGUUUCUGACCACCAAGCCCACGUGGUGUGGCGGAAGGACGGUGUGGAGUUGGGCCCCAGCGACAAGUACGACUUCCUGCACACGGCAGGCACACGAGGCCUCGUGGUGCACAGCCUGACUCGGGAGGAUGCUGGCCUGUACACCUGCGACGUGGGCACUGAUGAGACCCGUGCCCGUGUCAGCGUGCAUGAGCUGCACGUCGGUAUCACCAAGAGGCUGAAGACAGUGGAGGUGCUGGAGGGCGAGAGCUGCAGCUUCGAGUGCAUCCUGUCCCAUGAGGACACUGGCGACGUGGCUGAAUGGACAGUGAACGGGAAAACAGUGGGCAGCUCUGGCCGCUUCUGUGCCACGCGCCAGGGCCGCAAGUACACCCUAGCUAUCCGAGACGCUGUGCCAAGUGACGCUGGGGAGGUGGUCUUCUCUGUGCGGGGCCUCACCUCCAAGGCCUCGCUCAUUGUCAAAGAGAGGUCAGUUGACAUUAUGAAGCCACUGGAAGACCAGCAGGCCACGCUGGGUGAGGAUGUGGUGCUGAGGUGUGAGCUGUCGCGGGAGGGGACCCCAGUGCGCUGGCUGAAGGAUGGGAAGGCCAUCCGCAAGAGUCAGAAGUAUGACCUGCUCACUGAAGGCACUCGGGCCUCGCUGGUCAUCCAUGCAGCCACACUCAAAGACUCGGGCAAAUAUACAUGUGAGACAGAGUCUUCCAAAAGCACAGCCAGUCUCCGAGUGGAAGAAAAGGCAAACCGGUUCACGGAGCCGUUGGCUGACCUGCACGUGGAGGAGAAGGGCACAGCCACGUUCAUCUGCAAGACGGAGCGCCCCGCGGUCUCAGUGGCCUGGCGCAAGGGCCUCACGGAGCUGCAGGCCUCGGGGAAGCACACGCCCAGCCAGGAGGGCCUGACCUUGCGGCUCAGCAUCAGCGCCCUGGAGAAGGCAGACAGUGGCACGUACACCUGCGACAUCGGCCAGGCCCGGUCCCAGGCGCAGCUCCUGGUGAAAGGCCAGAAAGUGCUCAUCAUAGAGGACUUGGAGGACGCGGAGGUGCAGGAGGGCUCCUCGGCCACCUUCUGCUGCCGUAUCUCCCCUGCCGACUACAAGCCUGUCCACUGGUUCUUGGACAAAACGCCCCUGUCUGCCAAUGAACUCAAUGAGAUUGAGGCCCAGCCCGGCGGGUACCACGUGCUGACCCUGCGGCAGCUGGCACUCAAGGACUCGGGCACCGUCCAUUUUGAGGCAGGUGACCAGCGAACCUCAGCUGCCCUGCAGGUCACAGAGAAGCCAAGUGUUUUCUCCCAGGGGCUCACGGAUGCCACAGUCACGGAGGGGGAGGAUCUGACCCUGGUCUGUGAGACUUCCGUCUCAGACAGCCCUGUGUGCUGGACCAAGGAUGGGAAGCCCCUGCGGCCAUCGGCCCGGUGCCGGCUGACCUAUGAGGGCCGCCGGGCCCAGCUGGUCAUCACUGAGACCACCCUGCAGGACAGCGGGCGCUACAAGUGUGAGGCUGCGGGCGCCUGGAGCAGCUCCAUUGUCAGGGUCCACGCUCGGCCAGUGCAGUUCCGAGAGGGCCUGAAAGACGUGGAGGUGCUGGAAGGGGGCGCUGCCACGCUGCGCUGCGUGCUGUCCUCCGUGGUCAGGCCUGUGGAGUGGCGGCGUGGGGAUGAGCUCCUGCAGCCUGGAGGCAAGUACAGCUUGCGGCAGGAUGGGACCGUGCUGGAGCUGGUGGUCCGAGACCUGCGACCUCAGGACAGCGGGCAGUACUUCUGCAGUUUCGGGGACCAGAGGACGUCGGCCAGGCUCACCGUAAAGGCUCUGCCUGCUGAGUUCAUAGGAAGACUGAGAAGCAAGGAGGUCACGGAAGGGACCACAGCCACAUUCCGCUGUGAGCUCAGCAAGGAAGUCCCCGUAGAGUGGAAGAAGGGGCCCGAAACCCUCAGAGCCGGGGACAGAGUAAGCCUGAGGCAGGACGGGGCCGUGUGUGAGCUGGAGAUCCGUGAGCUGACCGCGGAGGAUGCUGGAGAAUAUUCAUGUGUGUGUGGGCAGGAGAAGACCUCAGCCACGCUCACCGUCAGGGCUUUGCCUGCUGAGUUCACAAGAAGACUGAGAAGCAAGGAGGCCACAGAAGGGACCACAGUCAUGCUGCACUGUGAGCUGAGCAAGGCGGCCCCCGUGGAGUGGAGGAAGGGGCCCGAGACCCUCAGAGCCGGGGACAGAGUGAGCCUGAGGCAGGAGGGAGCCGUGUGUGAGCUGGAGAUCCGUGACCUUGUUGUGGAGGAUGCUGGGGAGUAUUUGUGUGUGUGCGGGCAGGAGAGGACCUCAGCCACACUCACCAUUAGGGCCCUGCCUGCCAAGUUCACAAAGGGUCUGAAGAAGGAAGAGGCCGUUGAAGGGGCCACAGCCAUACUGCACUGUGAGCUGAGCAAGGCGGCCACUGUGGAGUGGAGGAAGGGGCCCAAGACCCUCAGAGCCGGGGACAGAGUGAGCCUGAGGCAGGAGGGAGCCGUGUGUGAGCUGGAGAUCCGUGAGCUGACCGUGGAGGAUGCUGGAGAAUAUUCAUGUGUGUGCAGGCAGGAGACGACCUCAGCCACACUCGCUGUCAGGGCCCUGCCUGCCAGCUUCACAAAAGGUCUGAAGAAGGAAGAGGCCGUGGAAGGGGCCACAGUCAUGCUGUGCUGUGAGCUGAGCAAGACGGCCCCCGUGGAGUGGCGGAAGGGGCCCGAGACCCUCAGAGCCGGGGACAGAGUGAUCCUGAGGCAGGAGGGAGCCGUGUGUGAGCUGGAGAUCCGUGACCUGACCGUGGAGGAUGCUGGGGAGUACUCGUGCAUGUGCGGGCAGGAGAGGACCUCAGCCACGCUCACCGUCAAGGCCCUGCCCACCAAGUUCACAAAGGGCCUGAGGAAGGAGGAGGCCACAGAAGGGACCACGGUCAUGCUGCGCUGUGAGCUGAGCAAGGCGGCCCCCGUGGAGUGGAGGAAGGGGCCCGAGACCCUCAGAGCCGGGGACAGAGUGAGCCUGAGGCAGGAGGGAGCCGUGUGUGAGCUGGAGAUCCAUGAGCUGACCGUGGAGGAUGCUGGGGAGUACUCCUGCGUGUGCGGGCAGGAGAGGACCUCAGCCACGCUCGCCGUCAGGGCCCUGCCUGCCAAGUUCACAAAAGGUCUGAAGAAGGAAGAGGCCGUGGAAGGGGCCACAGCCAAGCUGCGCUGUGAGCUGAGCAAGGCGGCCCCCGUGGAGUGGAAGAAGGGGCCCGAGGCCCUCAGAGCCGGGGCCAGAGUGAGCCUGAGGCAGGAGGGAGCCGUGUGUGAGCUGGAGAUCCGUGGCCUGACCGUGGAGGAUGCUGGGGAGUACUCCUGCGUGUGCGGGCAGGAGAGGACCUCAGCCACGCUCGCCGUCAGGGCCCUGCCUGCCAAGUUCACAAAAGGUCUGAAGAAGGAAGAGGCCAUGGAAGGGGCCACAGCCAUACUGCGCUGUGAGCUGAGCAAGGUGGCCCCAGUGGAGUGGAGGAAGGGGCCCGAGACCCUCAGAGCCGGGGCCAGAGUGAGCCUGAGGCAGGAGGGAGCCGUGUGUGAGCUGGAGAUCCAUGAGCUGACCGUGGAGGAUGCUGGGGAGUACUCGUGCAUGUGUGGGCAGGAGAAGACCUCAGCUGCUCUCACCGUCAGGGCCCUGCCUGCCAAGUUCACAAAAGGUUUGAAGAAGGAAGAGGCCGUGGAAGGGGCCACAGCCAAGCUGCGCUGUGAGCUGAGCAAGGCGGCCCCCGUGGAGUGGAGGAAGGGGCCCGAGACCCUCAGAGCCGGGGCCAGAGUGAGCCUGAGGCAGGAGGGAGCCGUGUGUGAGCUGGAGAUCCGUGACCUGACCGUGGAGGAUGCUGGGGAGUACUCGUGCAUGUGCGGGCAGGAGAAGACCUCAGCCACGCUCGCCGUCAGGGCCCUGCCUGCCAAGUUCACAAAGGGUCUGAAGAAGGAAGAGGCCAUAGAAGGGGCCACAGCCAAGCUGCGCUGUGAGCUGAGCAAGGCGGCCCCCGUGGAGUGGAGGAAGGGGCCCGAGACCCUGAGAGCCAGGGACAGAGUGAGCCUGAGGCAGGAUGGGGCCGUGUGUGAGCUGGAGAUCCGUGAGCUGACCGUGGAGGAUGCUGGGGAGUACUCAUGCAUGUGCGGACAGGAGAAGACCUCAGCCAUGCUCGCCGUCAGGGCCCUGCCUGCCAAGUUCACAAAAGGUUUGAAGAAGGAAGAGGCCGUGGAAGGGGCCACAGCCAAGCUGCGCUGUGAGCUGAGCAAGGCGGCCCCCGUGGAGUGGAGGAAGGGGCCCGAGACCCUCAGAGCUGGGGCCAGAGUGAGCCUGAGGCAGGAGGGAGCCGUGUGUGAGCUGGAGAUCCGUGCCCUGACCGUGGAGGAUGCUGGGGAGUACUCAUGCAUGUGCGGGCAGGAGAAGACCUCAGCCGCGCUCGCCGUCAGGGCCAUGCCUGCUCGGUUCAUCAAAGAACUGAAGACCAAGGAGGCCACAGAAGGGGCCACAGCCACACUGCGCUGUGAGCUGAGCAAGGCGGCCCCCGUGGAGUGGAGGAAGGGACCUGAGCCCGUCAGAGCCGGGGACAGAGUGAUCCAGAGGCAGGAGGGAGCCGUGUGUGAGCUGGAGAUCCAUGAGCUGACCGUGGAGGAUGCUGGGGAGUACUCGUGUGUGUGCGGGCAGGAGAAAACCUCAGCCACGCUCGCCGUCAGGGCCCUGCCUGCCAAGUUUGCAAAAGGUUUGGGAAAGGAAGAGGCCAUGGAAGGGGCCACAGCCAUACUGUGCUGUGAGCUGAGCAAAGCGGCCCCCGUGGAGUGGAGGAAGGGGCCCAAGACCCUCAGAGCUGGAGACAGAGUGAGCCUGAGGCAGGAGGGAGCCGUGUGUGAGCUGGAGAUCCGUGACCUGACUGUGGAGGAUGCUGGAGAAUAUUCAUGUGUGUGCGGGCAGGAGAAGACCUCAGCCACGCUCGCCGUCAGGGCCCUGCCUGCCAAGUUCACAAAAGGUCUGAAGAAGGAAGAGGCUGUGGAAGGGGCCACAGCCAAGCUGCGCUGUGAGCUGAGCAAGGUGGCCCCCGUGGAGUGGAGGAAGGGGCCCGAGACCCUCAGAGCCAGGGACAGAGUGAGCCUGAGGCAGGAUGGGGCCGUGUGUGAGCUGGAGAUCCGUGGCCUGACCGUGGAGGAUGCUGGGGAGUACUCCUGCGUGUGCGGGCAGGAGAGGACCUCAGCCACGCUCGCCGUCAGGGCCCUGCCUGCCAAGUUCACAAAAGGUCUGAAGAAGGAAGAGGCCAUGGAAGGGGCCACAGCCAUACUGCGCUGUGAGCUGAGCAAGGUGGCCCCAGUGGAGUGGAGGAAGGGGCCCGAGACCCUCAGAGCCGGGGCCAGAGUGAGCCUGAGGCAGGAGGGAGCCGUGUGUGAGCUGGAGAUCCGUGAGCUGACUGUGGAGGAUGCUGGGGAGUACUCGUGCAUGUGCGGGCAGGAGAAGACCUCAGCCGCGCUCGCCGUCAGGGCCCUGCCUGCCAAGUUCACAAAAGGUUUGAAGAAGGAAGAGGCCGUGGAAGGGGCCACAGCCAAGCUGCGCUGUGAGCUGAGCAAGGCGGCCCCCGUGGAGUGGAGGAAGGGGCCCGAGAUCCUCAGAGCUGGGGACAGACUGCGGGUGAAGCAGGAGGGAGCCGUGUGUGAGCUGGAGAUCCAUGACCUGACCGUGGAGGAUGCUGGGGAGUACUCGUGCAUGUGCGAGCAGGAGAAAACCUCAGCCACGCUCUCUGUCAGGGCUCUUCCCACCAAGUUCACAAAGGGUCUGAAGAAGGAAGAGGCCGUGGAAGGGGCCACAGCCAUACUGCGCUGUGAGCUGAGCAAGGUGGCCCCCGUGGAGUGGAGGAAGGGGCCCGAGAUCCUCAGAGCUGGGGACAGACUGCGGGUGAAGCAGGAGGGAGCCGUGUGUGAGCUGGAGAUCCAUGACCUGACCGUGGAGGAUGCUGGGGAGUACUCAUGCAUGUGCGGGCAGGAGAAGACCUCAGCCAUGCUCUCUGUCAGGGCCCUGCCUGCCAAGUUCACAAGAGGUCUGAAGAAGGAAGAGGCCACUGAAGGGGCCACAGCCACACUGCGCUGUGAGCUGAGCAAGGUGGCCCCCGUGGAGUGGAGGAAGGGGCCCGAGACCCUCAGAGCCGGGGACAGAGUGCGGGUGAAGCAGGAGGGAGCCGUGUGUGAGCUGGAGAUCCGUGAGCUGACCGCGGAGGAUGCUGGGGAGUACUCGUGCAUGUGUGGGCAGGAGAAGACCUCAGCCACGCUCGCCGUCAGGGCCCUGCCUGCCAAGUUCCUGAAGGGUCUCAGGAAGGAGGAGGCCACGGAAGGGGCCACAGCCAAGCUGCGCUGUGAGCUGAGCAAACCGGCCCCCGUGGAGUGGAGGAAAGGGCCCGAGACCCUCAGAGCCAAGGACAGAGUGCGGGUGAGGCAGGACGGGGCCGUGUGUGAGCUGGAGAUCCGUGAGCUGACCGCCGAGGAUGCUGGAGAAUAUUCAUGUGUGUGUGGGCAGGAGAAGACCUCAGCCACACUCGCCGUCAGGGCUUUGCCUGCUGAGUUCAUAGGAAGACUGAGAAGCAAGGAGGCCACGGAAGGGGCCACAGUCACGCUGUGCUGUGAGCUGAGCAAGGCGGCCCCCGUGGAGUGGAGGAAGGGAUCUGAGACCCUCAGAGCCGGGGAUAGAGUGAGCCUGAGGCAGGACGGGGCCGUGUGUGAGCUGGAGAUCCGUGAGCUGGUUUCGACAGAUGCUGGGGAGUACUCAUGUGUGUGCGGGCAGGAGAGGACCUCAGCCUCGCUGACGGUCACGGCCCCACAGGUGGUGUUCCGGAAGCCGCUGCAGAGCCUGCAGGCUGAGGAGGGUACCUCGGCCAGCCUGCGGUGUGAGCUUUCCGAGCCUGGAGCCGCCGUCGUCUGGAGUAAGGGGGGCCUGGAGGUGCAGGCCGACGGGCGCCGGGAGCCGCGGCAGCAGGGCCACGUGGCAGAGCUGGUGCUGAGGGGCCUGCGCCGGGAGGACACGGGAGAGUACACCUGCAGCUGCAUGUCCCAGGCCACUAGCGCCACCCUGUCCGUCACAGCUGCGCCUGUGAGGUUCCUUCAAGAGCUGCAGGCCCAGGAGGUAGACGAGGGCACGACGGCACGCCUGCGCUGUGAGCUGAGCCGGGCGGGCAGCAGUGUGGAGUGGCGCAAGGGCUCCCUGCAGCUCUUCCCGUGUGCCAAGUACCAGAUGGUGCUGGAAGGCACAGCCGCUGAACUGCUGGUGCACGGGGCCGAGCAGGAGGAUGCUGGCCUCUAUACCUGUGACACGGGCCACGCACAGAGCACCGCCAGCCUCUCUGUCCGGGCCCCCAGGCCUGUGUUUAAGACGGAGCUGCAGAGUGCUGAGCAGGAGGUGGGCGGCGUGGCCCGGCUGUGCUGCCAGCUGAGUGAUUCCGAGGCUGGGGCCCCCGUGCUGUGGCUCAAGGAAGGUGUGGAGCUGCACAUGAGUCCCAAGUAUGAGAUGCAGCGCCAGGGAGCCACGUGUGAGCUGCUGAUCCAUGGGCUUGAGGCCAAGGACAUGGGCGAGUACAGCUGCAUGGUGGGCAGCCAGAAGACCUUGGCCUUCCUCAAAGUCAAAGGCCCCCUUCGCCCGCCAGAGCCUGAGGUGACCAUCGUGCGGGGCCUGGUUGACACCGAGGUCCAGGCUGAUGGGGAAGCAGAGUUCAGCUGCGAGGUGUCACAGGCUGGCGUGGACGUGGAGUGGCGCCUGCAGGGCCUGCCGCUGCAGAGCAACGAGGUGACCGAAGUAGCGGUGCAGGGUGGCCGCACCCACACACUGAGGCUGAAGAGCGUGACCCCAGAGGACGCCGGCACUGUCUCCUUCCACGCGGGCCGCCACACGUCCUCUGCCCAACUCACCGUCCGAGUUCCUGAGGUGACCAUCCUGGAGCCCCUGCAGGACGCUCAGCUCAGCGAGGGCCAGGAUGCCCACUUCCGGUGCCGACUGUCGAGGGCUUUGGGCCAGGAGGCCCACUGGGCCCUGGGAGGCGUGCCCCUGCAGGCCAACGAGAUGAACGACAUCACGGUGGAGCAUGGCACACUCCACUUGCUCACCCUGCACAAGGUCACCCUAGAGGACGCUGGAACCAUCAGUUUCCAAGUGGGCUCAUGUCGCUCGGAGGCCCAGCUGAAGGUCACAGAGGCAGCACCGUGCCUGGUACGUGGCUUACAGAAUGUGGACGUCUUUGCGGGGGAGGUGGCCACGUUCUCCUGCGAGGUGUCCCGUGCUGGUGGGCCGGAGGCCCACUGGUGGCUGGAUGGGACCCUGCUGCAGGACGGCCCCCAGAGCGCCAUCUCCGUGCGUGAUGGGACUGUCCACUCCCUCACGCUCUCAGGCCUGGGGGUGGCUGACUCAGGCACCGUCACCUACCGAGCAGGGUCCCUGGUCUCCAGGGCCAAGUUGUUGGUCAAAGAUCCCACAGUGGAAGUGGUCAGUGCCAUGCGGGACCUGGCAGUGGAGGAGGGCGGCCCGGCCGAGCUCCUCUGCCAGUACUCACGGCCCGUGCAGGCCACGUGGAAGAUGGACGAGCAUGCGGUGUGUGCGGACGGGCACCGUGUCAUCAUAGAGCAGGACUGGACCGUGGCCAGGCUGUCUUUCAGGCCGGCCUUGCCCUGUGACAGCGGCAUCUAUUCUUGCGAGGCCGCGGGCACCCGCGUGGUGGCCCUGCUGCAAGUGCAAGCCAAGAACACGGUGGUGAGGGGCCUGGAAAACGUGGAGGCGCCCGAGGGCGGCGAGGCGCUGUUCGAGUGCGUCCUGUCCCAGCCAGAGGUGGCCGCCCACACCUGGCUGCUGGACGAUGAGCCCGUGCGCACCUCUGACAAUGCCGAGGUGGUCUACUUCGAGAACGGCCUGCGGCACCUCCUGCUGCUCAAAAACCUGCGGCCACAGGACAGCUGCCGUGUGACCUUCCUGGCAGGGGACAUGGUGACGUCUGCCUUCCUCACCGUCAGAGGCUGGCGUCUGGAGGUCUUGGAGGCGCCCCAGGAUGUGACCGUGCGCGCUGGGGGGCAGGCCAGCUUCAGCUGCACCCUUAGCGAGACGGUGCCUGUGGGCGAGGCGACCUGGUACAUAAACGGAGCCUCCGUGCAGCCCGAUGACGCGGACUGGACCGUCACCGCCGAUGGCAGCCACCACGCCCUGCUGCUGCACCGGGCCCAGCCGCACCACGCCGGCGAGGUCACCUUUGCUGCUCGCGAUGCUGUUGCCUCCGCGAGUCUCACUGUGCUGGGCCUCCCCGACCCCCCAGAGGACGCAGAGGUGGUGGGGCGCAGCGGCAGCUCCGUGACGUUGUCCUGGGUGGCCCCCACGAGCGAUGGCGGAGGGGGUCUCCGUGGCUACCGGGUGGAGAUGAAGGCAGCAGCCUCAGGAGAGUGGCAGCUGUGCCACGGUCUGGUGCCCGGGCCUGAGUGUGUGGUGGCUGGCCUGGCCCCCGGGGAGACCUACCGCUUCCGCGUGGCUGCAGUGGGCCCGGCGGGCGCUGGGGAGCCCAUGUACCUGCCCCAGACGGUGAAACUCGAAGAGCCCCUGGAGCCCACGCCUGCGGCCCCCGCCCCCGAGAGCCGGCAGGUGGCGGCCGGGGAGGACGUGUGUCUGGAGUGCGAGGUGGCCGAGGCGGGUGAGGUCGUCUGGCUGAAGGGGACGGAGCGCGUCCAGCCGAGCGGGCGCUUCCAGCUGCUCCGCCAGGGCCAGCGGCAGAUGCUGCUGAUCCGGGGCUUCUCCACAGAGGACCAGGGCGAGUACCGCUGUGCCCCUGCACGGGACUCAGCCUCUGGGUCAGCUGCUGCUUUCCAGGUGGUGCUGACCCCAGAAUCCGGGGAGGAGGUCCCUGCUCAGCCCAGCCUGCCCCCUGAGGCAGCCCAGGAGGGCGACCUGCACCUGCUGUGGGAGGCACUGGCCCGGAAGCGCCGCAUGAGCCGCGAGCCCACGCUGGACUCCAUCAGCGAGCUGCCCGAGGAGGACGGCCGCCCGCAGGGCCCGCGGCAGGAGGCCGAGGAGGCUGUGCCUGACCUCUCAGAGGAGUACUCCACGGCCGACGAGCUGGCACGCACAGGCGAGGCCGACCUCUCGCACACCAGCUCUGAUGACGAGUCCCGUGCAGGCACCCCUUCGCUGGUUACCUACCUCAAGAAGGCUGGGAGGCCCAGCCCCUCGCCACUGGCCAGCAAGGUUGGGGCCCCAGCAGCCCCCUCUGGGAAGCCACAGGAGAAGCAGCAGGAGAAGCCACCUGCAGUACACCCACCACCAGGAGACCUGAGCGCUGGGGACCUGGGUGACCCGACCUUGGACCAGGCCGCAGUGAAGAUCCAGGCGGCCUUCAAGGGUUAUAAGGUCCGGAAGGAGAUGCAGCAGCAGGAGGGGCCCGUGCUCCGCUGCACGUUUGGGGACACCGUGGCACAGGUGGGAGACGUCCUGCAUCUGGAGUGUGUGGUGUCCAGCAAGACAGAUGUGCGCGCCCGCUGGCUGAAGGAUGGUGUGGAACUGACGGACAGCCGGCACCACCACAUUGACCAGCUUGCGGACGGCACCUGUUCUCUGCUAGUCACUAGCCUGGGGCAGGCCGACGCUGGCCGUUACACCUGUCAGGUGAGCAACAAGUUUGGCCACGUGGCCCACAGUGCCAACGUGGUGGUCAGUGGCACGGAGAGUGAGAACGAGAGCUCCUCCGGGGGUGAGCUGGAUGACACCUUCCGCCGGGCCGCCCGGCGGCUGCACCGCCUCUUCCGCACGAAAGGCCCAGAGGAGGUCUCGGACGAGGAGAUCUUCUUCAGCGCUGACGAGGGCAAGGCAGAGCCUGAGGAGCCUGGGGACUGGCAGACGUACCGCGAAGAUGAGCACUCCAUCUGCAUCUGCUUUGAGACGCUGGCGGAGGCCCGCCGGGCAGCCAGCCGCUUCCAGGAAAUGUUUGGCGUGUUGGGCAUCCGUGUGGACGUCAGCCUGUCCGAGCUGGGACCACGCAGGGUGGAGAUGCGCAUUGGCAAGGUGGCACCUGCCCCUUCAGCCCCGCUGGAGCCAGUGCUCGCGGCAGAGGCUGCCCCGGUGUUCCUGACCGAGCUACAGAAUCAGGAGGUGCUGGAUGGGUACCCUGUGAGCUUUGACUGUGUGGUGACAGGCCAGCCUGUGCCCACUGUGCGGUGGUUCAAGGAUGGGAGGAUGCUGGAGGAGGAUGACCACUACAUGAUCAGUGAGGACCAACAGGGUGGCCACCAGCUCAUCAUCACGGCUGUGGUGCCGGCAGACAUGGGUGUCUACCGCUGCCUGGCCGAGAACAGCGUGGGUGUGUCCUCUACAAAGGCAGAGCUCCGUGUGGACCUGACCAGCACCGACUAUGACACAGCUGCGGACGCCACGGAGACCUCGUCCUACUUCAGCGCCCAGGGCUACCUGUCCAGCCGGGAACAAGAGGGUACAGAGUCUACCUCGGAGGAGGGGCAGCUGCCCCAGGUGGUGGAGGAGCUGAAAGACCUGCAGGUGGCCCCCGGCACGAGGCUGGCCAAGUUCCAGCUCAAGGUGAAAGGCUACCCCACACCUCGACUCUACUGGUUCAAAGACGGGCAGCCCCUGACCGCAUCUUCGCAUAUACGUAUGGCGGACAGGAAGAUGCUCCACACCCUGGAGGUUGUCUCUGUCACCAGCGAGGAUGCAGGGCAGUACUCGGCCUACAUCAGCAACACCGUGGGUGCUGCUUACUCCUCUGCUCGGCUCCUGGUCCGAGGCCCUGAUGAACCAGAAGAGAAGCCAGCAUUAGAUGCACGCCAGCAGCUGGUCCCACCCCGGUUCCUGGAGAAAUUCACCUCCAAGAAGGUGAAAAAAGGUUCCAGCAUCACUUUCUCUGUGAAGGUGGAAGGGAGCCCGCCGCCGGCUGUGCACUGGCUGCGAGAGGAAGCGGAGCAGGGUGUGCUGUGGAUCAGCCGCCACACGCCAGGCUACACGGUGGCCAGCUCUGCCCAGCAGCACAGCCUGGUCCUCCUGGACGUGGGCCGACAGCACCAGGGCACCUACACCUGCAUCGCCUCCAACGCUGCCGGCCAGGCCCUCUGCUCCGCAGGCUUGCACGUCUCUGGCCUGCCUAAGGAGGCGGGGGCCAUGGAGGAGCAGCCCGAGGUGAAGGAGGCCCUCAUCUCCACCUUCCUGCAGGGGACCCAAGCUGUUGCUGCACAGAUGUCAGAACCUGCAACUUUCAUGGACCUUGCUGGGCAGAAGAAAGAGCUCCUGGCAGCAGAGGCCCGUAGCCACCUGUCCUUGGCUGAGGUGGGCACGGAGGAGUUCCUGAAGAAGCUCACUUCACAGAUCACAGAGAUGGUAUCAGCCAAGAUCACACAGGCGAAGCUGCAGGUGCCUGGAGUUGACAGUGACGAGGAGUCAAAGACGCCAUCCGCAUCCCCCCGGCAUGGCCGUUCACGCCCGUCUUCCAGUGUCCAGGAGUCGUCCUCAGAGUCCGAGGAUGGGGACUCCCGAGGAGAGAUCUUUGACAUCUAUGUGGUCACGGCUGACUACCUGCCCCUGGGGGCUGAGCAGGAUGCCAUCUUGCUGCGGGAGGGCCAGUACGUGGAGGUCCUGGACUCUGCCCACCCCCUGCGCUGGCUCGUGCGCACCAAACCCACCAAAAACAGCCCCUCUCGGCAGGGCUGGGUGUCCCCUGCCUACCUGGACAAGCGGCUCAAGCUGUCUCCUGAGUGGGGGCCAGCGGAGGCCCCUGAGUUCCCUGGGGAGGCUUUGUCAGAGGACGAGUACAAGACGAGGCUGAGUGCCAUCAUCCGGGACCUGCUGAGCUCAGAGCAGUCCUUCGUGGGCGAGCUGCAGUUCCUACAGAGUCACCACAUGCAGUACCUGGACCGCUGCCCCCAUGUGCCCGCAGCCGUGGCCAGCCAGAAGGCAGUCAUCUUCCGAAAUGUGCAGGACAUUGGCCACUUCCACAGCAGCUUCUUACAGGAGUUGCGUAGCUGUGACACAGAUGACGACGUGGCCAUGUGCUUCAUCAAGAACCAGGCAGCCUUUGAGAAGUAUCUGGAGUUCCUGGUGGGCCGGGUGCAAGCCGAGUCGGUGAUGGUCAGCACGGCCGUGCAGGAGUUCUACAAGAAAUACACUGAGGAGGUGCUGUCAGCCGCGGACCCCUCGCAGCCACCGCCCCCACCGCUGCAGCACUUCCUGGAGCAGCCGGUAGAGCGGGUCCAGCAGUACCAGGCCCUGCUCAAGGAGCUGAUCCGCAACAAGGCGCGGAACGGCCAGAACUGCGCGCUGCUCGAGCAAGCCUACGCGGUGGUGUCGGCCCUGCCGCAGCGGGCGGAGAACCAGCUGCACGUGUCGCUCAUGGAGAACUACCCCGGCACCCUGGAGGCCCUGGGCGAGCCCAUCCGCCAGGGCCACUUCAUCGUGUGGGAGGGGGCGCCAGGCGCGCGGAUGCCGUGGAAAGGCCACCACCGGCAUGUCUUCCUGUUCCGGAACCACCUGGUGGUCUGCAAGCCCCGGCGGGACUCCCGCACCGACACCUUCAGCUACGUCUUCCGGAACAUGAUGAAGCUGAGCAGCAUUGACCUGAACGACCAGGUGGAGGGCGAUGACCGAGCCUUUGAGAUCUGGCACGAGCGGGAGGACUCCGUGCGCAAGUACCUGCUGCAGGCACGGACGGUCAUCACCAAGAACUCCUGGGUGAAGGAGAUCUGUGGCAUCCAGCAGCGCCUGGCCUUGCCCAUCUGGCGCCCCCCAGAUUUUGAAGAAGAGCUGGCUGACUGCACAGCUGAGCUGGGCGAGACAGUCAAGCUGGCCUGCCGUGUGACGGGCACACCCAAGCCCAUUGUCAGCUGGUACAAAGAUGGGAAGCCAGUGGAGGUGGACCCUCACCACAUCCUCAUUGAAGACCCCGAUGGCUCAUGCGCACUUAUCCUGGACAACUUGACUGGUGCCGACUCUGGCCAGUAUAUGUGCUUUGCAGCCAGUGCUGCCGGCAAUGCCAGCACCCUGGGCAAAAUAUUGGUGCAAGUCCCGCCUCGGUUUGUGAACAAGGUCCGGGCAGUGCCCUUUGUGGAUGGAGAAGAUGCCCAGAUCACCUGCACCAUCGAAGGUGCCCCAUAUCCUCAGAUCAGGUGGUACAAGGAUGGGGCCCUGCUGACCCCUGGGGGCAAAUACCAGACCCUGAGUGAGCCCCGCAGCGGCCUGCUGGUGCUGGAGAUCCGGGCAGCUGGCACAGAGGAUCUGGGCAUCUAUGAGUGUGAGUUGGUGAACCGGCUGGGCUCCAAGCGGAGCCGUGCGGAGCUGCUCAUGCAGAGCCCCGUGCUGCAGGCCCGGGAACAGCAGCGCGUGGAGCGGCUCGCGGCCGUGGAAGAUGCUGCUGUCCCAGCCCCAGCUGCCCCAGGGCAGGAAAGCACGUCCAUCCAGAGGACACAGACAUGCCCUGAGGCUCCAGGACCUUCCACAGGGGAUCACAGCAGCCCCAGCCCCAGCCCUGGGGGGCCACCUGCACUCCAGGAGGCCAGCCCGGAGCCCCCAGCUAUGGAGGCUGGGGCCGCAUCCAGUGAGGCCUGGCAGCAGGUUGAAGGCGAGCCUCCGAAGGCGCCUCAGCCUGUCUCCCACGAGGGCCUCGAGCAGACAGCUCAGGCACGCACUGAGGUCCUAGAACGCACGGUGCCCAUCCGGAUGGAGGGCGCUGCCUGGCCAGGAGCAGGUGAGCUCUGGGACGUCCACAGCCACGUGUUCACAGAGACCACACACAGGACAUAUGUGUACCAGACCAGCGACACGCCUGCUGCAAGCCCCCCGUCCAUGCAGGUCACCAUCGAGGACGUGCAGGCCCAGAGCGGCGGUACAGCACAGUUCCAGGCUGUCAUCGAGGGCAACCCACAGCCCACAGUGAUCUGGUACAAGGACGGCACCCAGCUGGGAGCUGACCCCCGGCUCAGCCAGCAGCAGGAAGGAACCACCUACUCCCUGGUGCUUAGGGACGUGACCCAGCACGACGCGGGCGUCUACACCUGCCUGGCCCACAACCCUGGCGGCCAGGUGCUGUGCAAGGCAGAGCUGCUGAUCCACGGGGCUUCCCCUUCUCUGGCUACACGGGACAGUGAGCACAGCUCUAGGAGGAAACUGCACUCCUUUUAUGAGGUCCUGGAGGAAAUUGGAAGGGGUGUGUUUGGCUUCGUGAAGAGGGUGCAGCACAAGGGCAACCAGAUGGCCUGCGCUGCCAAGUUCAUCCCACUGCGGAGCAGGACGCGUGCCCAGGCUUAUCGGGAGCGGGACAUCCUAGCAGGCCUGAGCCACCCGCUGGUCACUGCGCUGCUCGACCAGUUUGAGACGCGGAAGACCCUGAUCCUCAUCCUGGAGCUGUGUUCGUCGGAAGAGCUGCUGGACCGCCUGUUCAAGAAGAGUGUGGUGACCGAGGCCGAGGUCAAGGUCUACAUCCAGCAGCUGGUGGAGGGGCUGCAGUAUCUGCACAGUCAAGGCAUCCUUCACCUGGACAUAAAGCCCCCCAACAUCCUGAUGGUGCAUCCUGCUCGGGAAGACAUUAAAAUCUGUGAUUUUGGCUUUGCCCAAAAAAUCACCCCGGGAGAGCCACAGUACAGCAAGUACGGCUCCCCUGAGUUUGUGGCCCCCGAGAUCAUCGAACAGACCCCUGUGAACGAGGCUUCCGACAUCUGGGCCAUGGGGGUCAUCACCUACCUCAGCCUGACCUGUUCAUCCCCAUUUGCUGGAGAGAGUGACCGAGCAACCCUUCUGAAUGUCCUGGAAGGGCGGGUGUCCUGGAGUGGCCCCAUGGCCACCCACCUCAGUGAGGAUGCCCAGGACUUUAUCAAGGCUGCUCUGCAGAAGGCCGUGGGGGCUCGGCCCAAUGCUGCCAAGUGCCUCGCCCACCCCUGGUUCCGGAAGUCUGUGCCCGCGGAGGAGGCCCACUUCAUCAACACCAAGCAGCUGAAGUUCCUCCUGGCUCGCAGUCGCUGGCAGCGCUCCCUGAUGAGCUACAAGUCCAUCCUGGUGAUGCGUUCCAUCCCAGAGCUGCUCCAGGGCCCGCCCGACAGCCCAUCCCUCGGGAUUGCCCGGCACCUGCGUGGCGACGCCAGCGCCUCCUCCAGCAGCUCCUCCUCCUCCGACAACGAGUUGGCCCCGUUUGCCCGGGCCAAGUCGUUGCCAUCCUCCCCGGUGACCCACUCCCCGCUGCUGCACCCCCGGGGCUUCCUGAGGCCUUCGGCCAGCCUGCCUGAGGAGGCUGAGGCCUGUCCACCUGCCGCAGCCUCGGCUCUGCCUGCAUCGCUGCAGGGCGAGGAGCCAGCAGCAGCCCUGGGCUGUGUACCCCGGCAGAGCGUCAUCCGAAGCCUGUUCUACCAGCAGGUGGGCGAAGGCCCGGAGCUCGGGGGCCCGUCCCCAGGGGGCAGGCGGCACCCCGCCCGCCGGCGGCACCUUCUCAAGGGUGGCUACUUCUCGGGCAUCCUGCCGGGACUCCGAGAGCCGCUGCUGGAGCACCGGGCACUGGAGGAGGCGGCUGCCAUGGAGGAGCAGGCUGCCCGGCAGGCCACAGCAGCCUCUUUGGAGACGGCCGUGCAGAUGCCCAGAGCAAGCACCCAGGAGGCUUCUGCCUCCAGCCGCUCCCUGGACCGUGACCCACCGAACACUGCCAGUUCCUCCACCAAGGCCUGCAGCAAGGGGCAGUGUCCCGCUCCAGCUCCCCUGAGUCCUCAGGAUGCCCAAGGAGAGGGCACGCCUGGAGGGGGUGCACAUGCCAGGGAGAAGGAGCAUCCAGAGGGGACCCCGCGGGGGCUGACACUGCCCUCUGCCAGUAGUGAUGGGUGCUCCAUUCAGCCACAGGAGUCGUCCCAGGACCGCUGUGGAGGGCAGGCUGCCCCUUUCUCUCAGCCCCAGUGGGUCCCGGCCCCCCAGGAUAGAGCCCCCCCUGCGGCAUUGGCACCACAACCUUCUGGCUCCUUCCCUUCAGGGCCCUGCACAGAGGCCCUCUCGUCAUCCCCCAGCCCUUCCUUCCCAGGAAAGCCGCAGGCCUGUCUGCCCCCUGCCCAAGCAAGCCCCCAGGUAGACUCUCAGAGCGGGCUGAAGGCCGUCCCUCUCACCAAGAGGCCUGGAUCACCCAGACCCCCAGAGCCAGCCUCCCAGAUGGGCACGGAACCUAGCCCCUCCCUGGAUACUGAAGGCCUGGUCCAGGAGACAGAGGACCUGUCCCCGUCUUCACCCAGCCUACAGCGGCCUCAGGAGCAGGCGACCACACGGAAGUUCUCCCUGGGGUGCCGUGGGGGCUACGCAGGAGUGGCGGGCUACGGCACCUUUGCCUUUGGGGGGGACGCCGGUGGCAUGCUGGGGCAGGGCCCCAUGUGGGCCAAGAUGACCUGGGCCGUCUCUCAGUCCUCGGAGGAGCAGGACGAGGCAGGGACCGAGAGCCCACCGCCCCAGGCCAGCACAGCGCCUGCACCUGAGGGCGACGGAACCCUCCUGAGGGCCUCCCAGGAGCUGAGCUCGUGGGAAGACUUCACUGGGGGCUCUCAGGUGUCGCUCAUACAGAUCCAGGACCUGUCCAGGGACCCAGAAGCAGCAGACACCGUGUCCCUAGACAUCUCAGAGGUGGAUCCUGCCUACCUCAAUCUGUCUGAUCUGUAUGACAUCAAGUAUCUCCCAUUUGAGUUCAUGAUCUUUAGGAAGAUCCCUAAGCCGGUGGAGCCAGAACGUCCAUCCUCCCCUGAGUCUGAGGCUGGGGAGGAGUUGGCUGAGCUCCCAGAGGCUGCGUGGCCCUGGCCAGCCAGCCUGGAGAUCACAGAGGAGCCAGAGGACAUGGAGGCCCUGCUCGGGAAAGCUGCCGGCGGCAGGAAGCGCAAGUGGUCACCCCCUUCGGGCAGUCUCUUCCACUUCCCUGGAAGGCGCUCACUUCUGGAGGAGCCCACAGAGCUGGGGCUACGCCAGAGGGUGAAGGCCUCGGUAGCCCACAUCUCCCGCCUCCUGAGGGGCAGGCCUGAAGGUCUGGAGAAGGAGAGUCCUCCCCGGAAGAAGGCAGGCCUUGCUUCCUUCCGCCUGAAGAGCAAGGACCGAGCACCGUCGUUCCUAAGGGAGCUCUCGGAUGAGACGGUGGUCCUGGGCCAGUCUGUGACUCUGGCCUGCCAGGUGGUGGCCCAGCCAGCGGCACAGGCCACCUGGAGUAAAGAUGGGGCUCUUCUUGAGAGCAGCAGCCGCCUCCUCAUCUCCUCUACGCUCAAGAACUUCCAGCUUUUGACCAUCCUGGUGGUGACUGCUGAGGACCUCGGCGUGUACACGUGCAGUGUGAGCAACGCGCUGGGGACGGCGGCCACUACGGCCAUCCUCCGGAAGGCAGAGCGCCCUUCUUCCUCGCCACGGCCGGACAUCGGGGAGGUGCAUGCGGACGGGGUGCUGCUGGUCUGGAAGCCUGUGGAGUCAUACGGCCCUGUGACGUACAUUGUGCAGUGCAGCCUGGAAGGCGGCAGCUGGAGCACGCUGGCCUCGGAUGUCUUUGACUGCUGCUACCUCACGGGAAAGCUUUCUCGGGGUGGGGCGUACACCUUCCGGACGGCCUGCGUCAGCAAGGCGGGCAUGGGCCCCUACAGCAGCCCCUCGGAGCAGGUCCUCCUGGGAGGGCCCAGCCGCCUGGCCUCUGAAGAGGAGAGUGGUGCCGCGGGGCCGGCCCGGCCCCUGCCCAGCAUGCAGACCUUCGCCUUCCAGACGCAGAUGAGAAGGGGCCGCUUCAGCGUGGUGCGGCAGUGCCAGGAGAAGGCCAGUGGGCGCGUGCUGGCUGCCAAGAUCGUGCCCUACCACCCCGCGGACAGGGCUGCUGUGCUGCGGGAGUACGAGGCCCUCAAGGGCCUGCGCCAUCCACACCUGGCACAGCUGCAGGCUGCCUACCUCAGCCCCAGGCACCUGGUCCUCAUCUUGGAGCUGUGCUCCGGGCCUGAGCUUCUCCCCUGUCUGGCCGAGAGGGCCUCCUACUCGGAAUCAGAGGUGAAGGACUAUCUGUGGCAGAUACUAAGCGCCACCCAGUACCUGCAUGCCCAGGGUAUCCUGCAUCUAGACCUCAGGUCGGAGAACAUGAUUGUCACAGAGUAUAACCUGCUCAAGGUCAUCGACUUCGGAAAUGCCCAGAGUUUGGCCCAGGAGAGGGUCCUGCCCUCAGAGAGAUUCAAGGACUACAUGGAGACCAUGGCUCCGGAGCUCCUGGAGGGCCAGGGCGCUGUCGCGCAGACUGACAUCUGGGCCAUAGGCGUUACAGCCUUCAUCAUGUUGAGCGCUGAGUACCCGGUGAGCGGUGAGGGAACGCGAGACACGCAGAAGGGCCUGCGCAAGGGGCUCAUCCAGCUGAGCCGCUGCUAUGCCGGGCUGUCUGGGGGCGCUGUGGCCUUCCUCCGAAGCACACUGUGUGUGCACCCCUGGGUCCGGCCGUGUGCAUCCAGCUGCCUGCAGAGCCCGUGGCUGACGGAGGAGGGCCCAGCCAGCUCCCAGCCCGCGGCGGUGACCUUCCCAACCACUGGUCUGCGCGUCUUUGUGCGAGAGCGCGAAAAGAGGCGGGCACUGCUGUACAAGAAACACAACCUGCGCUGAACCCCUGGCCCUUCAGGGCCCCGCCUCCCGGUCUUUCAGGACUCCCUGCAUAUGCACGCACACGUCAAUAAAAAGCAGCACCCGA